CUAGAUUAGUCCUUUUGUUUUGAAGAAAAAACAAAAUAUGGCUGAAGAUAGAGAAUCAAUGGAGGUAAAUCCACAGCAAGUUGAUAAAAAGACAGUGAUUUUUGCAACAGUAGCUGGAAUUGCAAUUGGAGGUCCAAUUCUGGGGUUAAUGGGUUUCAGUUUGUUAAGUUCUUUGACACUUUUGGUGGUAACUUCUCCUUUACUGUUACUAUUUAGUCCACUGUUACUUGGUGCUGCCUCUGUGUUAGCAGUAACGUUGGCAGGUUUUGGCAUGGCUGGUAUUAUGGGGGCUUUAGGAUUGUCUUCAUUUGUUUUGGUGUAUCGUUCGAUAAUUAAAGGUAGAAAAAUUAGUGGAGAUCAGUACAGUGGUGAGGAGGAGCAGUAUGAUAAUGAAGUGGCAGGUACCGGAGAUGGAACGGAGGCGGACGAUCAGGCAUUGAAGCAGCAGCAACAGGACAGCUCUAUUUCAGAUCCAGUUACUGUAGAUAGAAUGGUCGAGUUAUUCGAGUCUUUAAAGGAGCCCCAUGAAAAUGACACUACUGCUGUCCACAUAGUUACUGUCGAGGUAGAUGAUGACGAUGAGGCGGAGUUGGAGCAACAACACAACAAGGAUAGGGCCAGUGGUGGUGGCUAUUUGCAGCAAAAUGUGCAGAGAGAGAUCCCACAAGAGACUUAAGAGAACAUAUAUGUUCAGAAGUGGCUUAGUUUAUGUAACUUUGCUUUUACUGAGUAGUUGCAACUUAUGAUGAUGAUGUUCUUUUGUCUUCAUUUCUAAGUUUUAGUAACUUUUGGAGAAUGUUUUACAUUUUACUUGUUACUUUUGGUCCCUACACUAUGUACAUAUAUAGUUGGUGCUAUUUAUUGACA